AGAACCACAACCACUACCUGAACCUCAGCAGCCAGAACCCACACUAGAAGCUCCUCUUGAACCUGCACAAGUGCCACAGCAGCAACCACAGCAGCAGCAACAGCAACAGCAGCAGCAGCCACAGCAGCAACCUCAGCAGGCUGAAGUGAGUGUGGAUGGAAAUCCACCUGCAUGUUCCAGCGGUGCCCCAGCCAAGUACUUCCCAGCUAAUGUGGAAGAGACGAAUGAAACCACCAUAGAUAAUAAAAUGAAGGCAAAGGUUCAGCGGAGGAGAUUAUCCCCUUCACAUAGAGAGAUGAUUAUCGACCUUGUUUUCAAUGAGAAAAAGACAUCUAGAGAGGUUGCACGUUACAUGGGGCUGCCUCAAUCAACAGUCAUGUCAGUGGUACAAGUAUUCAAGAAAGAGCACCGCAUACACAAAAAGACAGCCACAGGACGUAAACGCCGCCUAACAACUGCACAAGAAUUCCAGCUCUUCGAGAUGUCACAGGAGAGAGAUAACAUAUCAGUAGAUGAGAUACGUCGUCGCUUUUGCAACAGUAUCCUGAAUUUGGUCACAUAUCAAAAACUACAAUUUACAGAAAAAGGAUUAAUAGGAAUGGAUCCUCCACCUGAGCGCUACUUGGAGCCAAUAGAGCGAUACUGGCCAAGAAGAGAGGGAGGCCUCGGGUACCAACAAAAUAUACCAGCGGGUGUUGCUAUUAGCCCAUGUUCCAGAAGGCAGCAUUAUGGGGAAAGCGGACCCAUUGAAACAAGUGCUGCCGAUAAAGAUAUCAGUAGACAACGACGGUCACUGUCUAUUGCUGAGAGGGAGAUGAUUAUUAGUCUAUUUUUCAAUGAGAAUCGAACCAUAAGAGAGGUCGCAGAUUUUAUGCACUUGGCAAAGUCGACAGUCUCAUCAGUUGUUCAGGUCUUCAAAGAGCACAGAAUCCAACGGAAGACUUCAACGGGACGUAAGAAAAAGUUAUCCGAUGAGCAUGAGCACAUGAUGGAUAUCCUCUCCCAAAAGGAGGACAUCACAAUAGGAACAAGAAAUAGGUUCCUGUCUUUGAAUCCCGAUGUUCCUAAUAUUAGUAAGAGUACAAUUUACAGAAUAAUGGAGAAUUGUCAGUCAAAGCUGAGAGCUAGAUCAGACAUGGAGGUUUUUGUAGGCAUUUUUGUUCAUUCUACUGAAGACAACCCAUUAAUCAUCAUGCCAGGGAUGGUUAUGGGUGUUUCUCAACACAAGAUUGAGUUUAUGGAGAGCUUAGAAGAACUUGAUCACCUGAGGUAUGGUUUUACAGACUCAAACAUUCACUACAUGACUCCAAGCCAGUUUAUGAUGCCUGGGAUGAUCGACACACAUAUACAUGCUUCUCAGUUUCCUAACAAUGGAGUGGCUAUGGACUUGCCAUUGCUGGAGUGGUUACAGACGUAUACUUUCCCCACCGAAGCUAACUUUUCAGACACACUUUUUGCAAGAGAAGUCUAUAGCAAAGUUGUGGAACGUCUGUUGAGAAAUGGAACAACAACAGCAGCAUACUUUGGCACAAUCCACUUAGAAGGUUCAAAAAUUCUUGCUGAUGUAGUUCAUGACAAAGGUCAGCGUGCACUCAUUGGAAAAGUUAACAUGAUGAGGAACUGCCCAGAGUAUUACCGGGAGAUGAGUGUUCAGGAAUCAAUUAGAGACACGGAAGAAUUUAUACGAUAUGUUAGAAGUAUCCAGUCCCCACUGGUACAACCUAUUGUUACACCCCGGUUUGCCCCAACUUGCCCUGAGGAUCAGUUAGCAUCUCUAGGACAGCUGGCAGCUAAAUAUGGAUGUCAUAUUCAAAGUCACUUGUGUGAGACUCAGCCUGAGUGUAAUUGGGUCAAAGAGCUCUUCCCUUGGGCCAAAUCAUACACUGAUGUUUAUGACAGCAUGAGACUACUUAGUGAGAAGUCUGUCAUGGCACAUUGUAUAUGGCUAACUGAUGAUGAGAUAUAUACCUUGCGAGAACGAGGAGUUGGUAUUUCUCACUGCCCAAAUUCCAAUGUAUCCAUUCGCUCUGGCCUUUGUGAUAUUCGGAGACUUUUGAAUAGUGGAUUAAAAGUCGGUCUAGGGACAGAUUGCUCGGGUGGUUACUGUCCAUCAAUUUUAGAUUCCAUGCGACAGUCUCUGCAAGUUUCCAACAUCUUGGCUCUUGACAGAGAUCAAGACUAUCAGAGAAUUACAUACAAGGAAGCAUUUAGAAUGGCAACUCUUGGAGGUGCUAAAGUACUGAAUAUGGAAGACCGCAUUGGAAACUUUGAAAUUGAUAAAGAGUUUGAUGCACUCCUUAUUGAUGUGUCAGCCCCUGGGUCAGCUAUUGAUAUAUUCAGCAAGGACACAGUGGAAGACAAGGUGCAGAAAUUCAUUUACACUGGUGAUGAUCGUAACAUUGCUCGUGUGUAUGUUGCUGGACACAGAAUCCUUGACUUGCACAACAAGAAUCUGCAUUAACCAUACCUCGAGUCACAAAAGAUAUUAAGCUCGUCCAAAGUAGAGUGUUGUCUACUUGCUGGCCAGUUGGCGAUAUUCGCCAGAAUUUUAUAGGAAGAAGCAAAACUGUCUUGAUCUGAGUUCUCUACUAUAUCCU